AUGCAGAAGCCAUCACUUUCCUCUCAGUUGGACUGCCUUAGAGAGCCUGAGGCCAUCCCCAUAUGGUACCACGGAGCCAUUUCCAGAGAAGCCGCUGAAAGUUUGCUCCAGAAGAAACCUCUGGGCUGUUUCCUAGUCCGUGCAAGCCAGAGCCAUGCGGGCUACACACUGUCAUACAGAGCCAGGGACUGCUGCCGCCACUUCAUAAUCAAGCUUUUGGCUAAUGGCUCCUUGGCAAUCCCUGGAGAAAAGGGCGUCCACCCAACAUUAGUGGAACUGGUGAACUUCUAUCAGAAACAUCCCCUCCAGCCCUAUGAGGAAGUGCUGACUCAGCCAUGCAACCAGGAGAAUGAGAACAAUGCAGACUAUGAGGGGCUCUCCCAUUACUCCAAUGUGGUAGUGGAUGGUAAAACCAGACCAGAGGACAGCUCAUCUGCCCACAUGCCCAAGCCCUGCUCAUCUCCUCCCUUCACUGUAUCCCUAAGACCCAUACCACUAUCUUGGAAAAGAAUGACAGAAAAGACCAAAUCUGACAGACCAAACUCCUCAUCCCAGCCAUGGGUAAAACCUUUAGAGCAAUCACCAGCCCCAGGCCAUUCCCAGAGGUCAGAGAAGGCUUUGCUGAAUGAUGCCCCACAAAAAAUCUGGAAGAAUCUUAAGAAUCUACCUCAGACUGGGAAGAAGAUAACAGAGCAAAUAAAAAGCCAACUCUCUGAUGUGAAGCUCUUCUUCCCUUCUUCAGCAGGACCUGGGAGUCAUGUAGAGAGCCAAGCCACGGGGGCCCCAGGCCUAGUGGGAGAUGGAUCUGCCACCCAGGUGGAAGAGUCUCAUCCCAAGACUCAAGAUCUCUGCCUGCCUCCUAGGAAAAUGGUUGGGACAUCAACCAUCCCCAUUUCAACUUCUAAGGGAGCUAUCUUCCCUGGCCAUAGAAGGGGGGUGAUCUCAGGAACUACAUGGCAAGACAGUCCCAAGCCAGCAGGUGAUAAGCUGGGCUCUUUCCCUGAAGAGUACUGUCAACCCCCACCAUUUGCCCCAGGAUACUAA